AUGGGAUACUUGGAGAGGAAAUGCCAAAUAUGUGGCGUGAGCUUCAAUGUCAGCCGCUAUCCCACGAAGGAGGAGGUUUUCGCUGGCGUCCCCUGGCGACCGUGGCUGGAAGGGGCCACACAUGAUUACAGGCACAAGUACGAGUGCAAACGUGGAGGAUGCCAAGUGAUCAAUACCUGGCAGGCAGAAUUGGACUUUUCUGAUGACGACAGACAAGACGAUGAUGACCAUCCCGAUCGGGGCAGUGACCGACUCCAUGACGGCGAUGAUGGUUGUUAUCAGUCCGAGACCGACCCUGUUGAGGAGACGUAUGAGUACAAUACGCCAAACGAGAGUGAGGAAGAAGUCCCGAUCGGCGCAUCCGAGACCACAACUGACACGCUGGGUGCUGCUGAUCCUGAACCAGCCGAUGACUUACUGUACUCGGCAUUUCUCGACUCUUUGCCCCUCAGAACACCGGGUCGUUCCUACUUUUGGGCCAAGCACAUAAGACACAUCUAUGAAAAUGCCUCCUCGGAAGACGAUAGGCUGUGGAUGGACUACCAGCAUGUCAGCGGCCCUGGCUGCCGCAACACAGGUGCAUAUAACGGCUGCUUGCUAUCUGCUGAAGAAGCCCGUGGAUGCUCUACGCUUCAAUGUCUUGUACCAAAGUCUUCCUCGAAUCCUUUCACAGCGGAGAGGAUUGACGACGAGUUUGAGAAAUCGAGCGGUUUCUUCCUGAGUGGGCUUUGUGAUAGGGUACCCAGCGUGGAUGACCAACUGCCCGCAGCGUACCCUCCACGACAUAACACCGAGAGACCACUGGCUGCUAACUUCCUACUUCAUGAGGAGGUGGUCCCGAAUAUAGCGAUACCUUUUCAUCCAACCUGCUUGGAAAUUUUUAAGCGAGCCUGUCUUCAUCGGUAUGGGGAGGUCCAAAUUCAGGCGUUGACCGACUGGUUCUCCCUUGAAGCAACCCUUGAUGUGGUGCUUCACGGGUUUCCAAGAGACGAGGCAGUACGCAAGGGUAGCUUGCAGUACUGGGAUCAUUGGCCAGGUGAUGAAUUCUUGGCCGCCAAUCCGUGUUUCAUCCCCGCCUUGGAAUCAUAUUUGGACAAAGCGAUGGCAAGGGGAUCGGCCAUCACCGAUCCCCACGAGGUUGCUGUUCCUAUUGGAAAUUGCGACAGUACCUCGGUCGGAAAGGACUGCUUCUCCAAGCUUCCAUUCGAGAUCCGUCUUGAGCUCUUGGCUCACUUGGGGCCUGGCGAUAUUGCUAAUCUUCGACUUGCAUCCAAAGCUUUCAGAACUCUGCCUCAGUAUUUGUUCCGAAACCUGCUGCAAAAGAACUAUCCCUGGGUUUAUGAAGCCUGGUGUGCACAUCCAUACUCAUUUUGGGUCACCAAGGAGGCCCGGGAUGUGAGGAAAAUAGAUGAUGACUGGCAGGACCAGCGGGAAUUGCUGGAGACAAAGAUCCAAAUCUUGAAAGCGGAGGCACUGCCAGAUUCGAGCAAUGAGGAUGCGAUCACGGCGAUAAGAGAAAUCCUGAAGCAAGAAGAAGUCGAGUAUGAAAAUAUCUUCCAGUCCCAACCAGCAACCAACCUUUCCGUUUCCAAGACGGAUUGGUACCGUCUCUUUUGCGAUAUAACCAAGAACCGACGACGAAUUAAUGGUCUAAGAAAUCGCGAACGAAUCUGGAAGGACUGUAAUGAGAUUCUCGACCGGGUAGAACGUCACCGUGCAGAGGGGAGACUGGGAACUGAAAUGACGGACGCCGAGCGACGAAUGCAGACGAUGGCAAAGUACGGUAGUCCGGAAUGGUUCAGACGGCAGUCUUCGGAAGAAUGA